CAUUCCACUCAGCAUUUGGCCGCCGCUAAUAAAUGACUGAGAAAUCGUAGAAUAAUUUUAUUUUCUAAGCAACUUUUCUACAUGAGCGGCGUUUUCAACUGACUGAAGAAAGUAGAUUUUCUGUACGGUAAACUUCUUCCUGUGGAUUUUUAGAUUUACCUACGGUAAGUGUAAAAUGAAUCUUCCCCUUAUCUUUUCCAAUUAAUAAUUAUGAUCGGUGUAUGGUCAGUAACUCAAAUGCCAUGUAAACGCAAGAAUCCGACUGAGAUCGGCGUAUGAAUUAAGCGAUUAAGCGACCUAGGUCAUGCAGUAAUAUCCGGAUUACAUUUUAAAAUACCAGUGAAGCACAGAAUAAUAAUUGUUACAAUAACACCAGAACCCGUUUAGGGCGAAAGAAUAAAUCGUAUAAGCGGGAUGCACAGAAUAAACUGUAUACACAGCAUUGCAUAUGACGGAAUAAGCAGCAGGGCAGCGUCGGUUUUAUGUUUGAUUUUAUAAUCUUAUUACGCGCUAUAACCCGAGUAAUAAAUAUAAACGCACUUUUCGAUGACGGUAAAAACAUCAGAAAUAAUAGCUUUGGUGAUACAUUUGUAAGAGAAGUGCUCGUAAUAUACAGUAACUCCUUGGUUAAGUAUUAAAGGGGAAUAUUUCUGGAGCAUGCCUAAAGACCGCAGAAACUCGCAAACGUUAGGCAAAAUCGACAUGAUUUCGAUCGCGCAAAUAUUACUUUUGAUUAGUGUUUGUUAGUGUAACUGGAUACUAUAUCCUUAAUAUUUAAGGCUUCAGUCACGUACGUGUUCGUUUCUGACGAUGGAAUCUCGCACUUUUAAACUGCGGUUAAUUUGGCAUUAUUGCAGUUGAUGAGCCUAUUCAUGGUUGAUCGUGAUGUAAAUGACUGUUAUGCUUGCUGCAUUGUUCCUGGGUCUGAACACCACACACGUACGGUAAGAGGGGUGGGGCACAAGAUGCACUUGGAGAAAAUGUCCCUUACCAUACUCUUUAUUGAAAACGAGGUAAGGGCAUCGAAUCUCUGGAAAAAUAAAAUGUUUUGUUUUUUAAAAUAAUCUUGUAUGAUGUCCAUGUCGAUCUUUACUGGUUAGACCGGUUAAUGGAGACCAAGAGGCUCGAGUCUGCUGUCCGGCCAAAGCGGUCCGAGGCCACUGUACGGCAGAAGACGCCCGAGUCCACUAGCCAGCUGACCGAGUGCCCUUCCACAGCUCAGAGUCAUGACUAUCCCACAGAAUCACCUCUGACUGACUCUCCUGUGGACCUAGAGGGUUGGGUGCGUCUGUGGGAAAACCCCAACGGCAUCCCAUCAGCCGACAUUUCCUGGCUCAAAGAGGACACCGAAAGAGGGAUGUUCACACCCGUUCAAAUCUACAGAGACCACACUGGACACCUGAAGAGGCGACGGGUGAUGAAAUCAGACCGCAUGUGGUUUUACCCACCAGAGUGUCCUGGCUACGUCAGGGGUUCUCUGCCAAACCCGGACCUCUUCUUCCGCAGCCGCGUCUUUGUGUGGCGUCCUGUUGGAGUGUGGAGAUGCUCCCUGAAGUGUCCCCGAGGUGAAGCGUGUGUGGGAGCAGGACAGAAUGUUCACCUCUACAAGUCUGGCUUUCACCACCGGGUACGUCAAAUCUGCGAUGUGUCCAACUGGUACACAAUGCUGACGGAGGUCCUGUGUUGUGGACCGUGUACGAAGGCGGCCAGGAGGGGAGAUGGUGGCACCAUCGGUCGGUGGCUCGCAUGGGAUCCUGCUAUUUUGUCACAACUUAGCGAGGCUCAUCGAGCUCUGUUUCCUGCCAUUCUUACCACCAAGCGCGGUGUGGACAGGAAUGUCAUGCGUCUUCUGAGGCACCAGACAGAAGGAAACACCGUGGUCAAGGUGUGGCGGCAGAUACAGGAGUAUCACGCUGAAGGGUACCUUCGAUGCAUGGACCUCUACACCACGCUCCUUAUGCCUUUAGUGGAACCCGGAGGGAUCGUCUCAGCAUCGAAGCAGACGUUCAAGGCACCACCUCCUCAAAGAGAGAUUCCCUCUGCGCGUCUCUUGCGCCAUGCCAUCCAGCUGGCCGAGGCCGACAGUGGUCCUCCCUGCACCAGACUACCCCCGAUGGAAUAUGUGCCCACACCCAGCACAGCAGGCACAAAGGUGUUAAAGGGAAGGACAGAUGUGGUGAUGCCACUCUCCCAGUCUCAACCAUCACUGUCGGCACCGCUGAGACAAACCCCGCCCACUUCUACCAUCACCAGACCUGUGACCUCCCUCUCUGCAUCUACAGCAGCUCCUCUGAUUGCUGGCCCCUCCACACAGCCCAUAAUGCUCGCCAGUCAGUCAGCUCUCGUGAUUCCUGUGUUUGCUGGCCCCCCCAUUAGGCCCAUAACGCCCACCAGUCAGUCAGCUCCUGUGACUGUUGCUCUGCCCACAUCAGUCUGUCCAUCUGUGCCCAUGAUGCCCGCUUGUACGACUGUAAGCACAAGCCACAGCACUGGCCGUCCUUCAGCCUGGGCGAGAGCGACGCAGUACAAGCGUAAGCUGAAGGAAGCCCCCUCAGGUGCUGGAGGGAAACUGUCACGGAUUCAAAAUCUCCCUGUUUGUACACUCUGCGGCCAACCGACCCAGGGACACAAGAAGUACAAAAAAAAGAGUUUCUGUCCGGUAAAAAUGAUGUCUCCAUCUAAAGGUCUGAGCAGCAGAGUGUAUGCUAGUUACGAACACUUUACCUCUGUUGUCGACGACUUGCAGGAAUGAGGUGUAGCUCCUCUUGUCCCCUUGGAGAUCGCCAAAUGUAAAUAGUUUUUUAGAACAUAGUUUAUUAAACCACGUUCAGGGUUUUUUGUUAAUUGCCUUAGCUGUAGUGUUGUGGUGUUGUCAAGAAUUUAUUGUAAAGGUAAAUAACAGUAUUUUUUUUUUU